AGUCUAAAGUCCUCUGAUCUAGGCUAAGUGGUAUUCAAACACAUUUUAAAUAGCAUUUAUUGAAAUUUUUGAUGCAUCAUAUGGUUGUGUUUGUUUGUAUACAGUAAGAUAUGAUUGGAUGGUUUAUAUUUGUGUUCUUAUAAUUUCUGCCAUUCACUUUGUGGGUCAUAAUCUGAAACGUGGGAACUGAAUUUGAGGUUGUAAGUUCUAAAUUAAUAAAUCGGGGAGUAUGUUGAUGUUGAUCUUACGGGUUGCAAUGCUAUGUGGACUUGUAGGUAGAUACCAACAUUUCAAAGGAACAUGCUUUCCCCAUCUUCUGAUCUGAAGAUGGAGGCAAACCAUUAGUAUCUCUUGACAUGUUCAUGUGGCAUUCAACCCAUAAUACCAACACCAAAAUCAUCAUUGCCAUGAGAACUUCAAAACUCAUGUGGGAGAAUACUUACAAGAAUAAAGGCUUAAAGACUUCAGUGUGUCUGUAAGUCUUUAUUCUGCUGGUGCUCCUUUCUUUUCUGCUAUUUAAAAGCUAAGAGUCAUUUAACAGCUGUCAGUAUAAUUAUAAACUACUUUGAUUAAAAAUUUGUUACAAUUAGCUUGUAAAGAGCAAUUGUUUUUACUUGUAAUUUUCUAUUAUGGUAGUGUCAUGUUCAUAGAUCUGUUUGACAAAGAGAGAACAUUCUUCUCAAAAUAUUGAGGUCUUUUUAUAGAGAAAGUUGUGAUGGUAAAAUAUAAUCUAAUUGUUUGUACUGUUAUACAAUGAAAAUUGAAUGACUGACCCAAGUUUAUUUUCUGCAUUAGAAAUGUACUAAAAUGUGAAGAGACGUCAUUAUUCCAUUAUUAUCCUUCUUCUGUUCAUGAUCAAGCCAUUCUGUAAUAAUUCAUAGAUAUGUUAACAUAGUAAGCUAUCUCACAGUCUGUAAUGUUUUACAGUAACUGUGGAUUGAGAUACCAUUAGCUCUUUAUUGUAGAAUAUAAUGGCCAGUGAGAAAUGUAAUUUGAACAGUUUUAUGUGUUUAUAUUCUGUCUUCUUUUGCUUACAAAUCAUUUAUUUUAUCCUGAAGUCUUAAAAGAGGAAAGAAUUGUUUAGGGACCAACUUUUGUUUUCAGUUUCACUUCUGUGUUCACUUUGCUAUUAAUAUAUACAGUUAACAUUUGAAUUGACUCUGUUAUGAAGCUGAAGCAUGGUAGAAAAUAUGUUACUCUUGCCAGUUUAGAAUAGAACAAAGAAAUUUUGAAAUUGCUGGUUUACAUUACAUAUAAUCUUGUAUUAGUAACUGAGUUUGAGUUACAGUUACUAACUAGCAUUAAUUUUUAAUAAUGCCUUCAAUCUUACAUGCACAUUCUGUUCCCAAUGUUUUGAAUAUAUAGUACACACAAACUAUUUGAUCCAUUUCUUAGAUGCAUGUCAUCUUAUAUAUGUAUUUUAUUCACAGUAAUGUAUAUUUUAUGUUAGUGUUAUGAAGACUGUGUGAUCUUUGUUGGGUACUUGAAUGUUUCAAUGUAUGUGAUGCUGUCAUAUAUUUAUUAUUUUAUUUUAAUUCCUGAUGUUAUUAUAUUAUGUCCUUUAUGUAUAUAUUGUAAAUUUUCACAUAUUAUUAAUUAUGAUAAAAUAUGUGCUCAUAUAAUCAAUCUGUUCUGUUUCUGAAUAUAACUAAAGUAGAAAGUGCCCUGAGACACAUGUAUGUUAUGAAUCAUCAUAUGCCAUAUAGUGUAUUGUGCAGGGCUUUCUUUGUCCUGGAAUGUGGAAACCUGAAAUUUGAGGUUAUUGUGGCAUAAAAAUGUUGACAUUGGUAUUGGUUGUUAAGGUUGAAAAGUUUUGGAGGAGUUCCUCCAGAAUUGUUGGCAUCUUCCUGCAAGACAUCCCAGAGGGCUAACGUCAAUUGUGGAAAGUUUAAAUGAAUUGCUUGAAGGUGACUUGCUGUCACAUUUUGUGUUCAGAUGAACACAGACUGUUAUUACAUUUAACUUGUAUUUUAAUUUUUUAAUGUCAUCUUGGGCACAAAGUAGAUGUAUGGGAGGCUGUACUGCAUGCAUGCUCCUGUAAAGUCCUUUGUGGCUCUCUGUAGGAUGAAGUUAUACAAUAUAAGGAUUUCAAAAUUAUUGGUCCUGCGUUGCUGUGAGGGGGAACAGGAGUAAAACAUUGUUUUGGUCGGAAUAAUAGGUAACAGUUUUACCGAUAGGGCUAUCGUUUAGUAAUUUACGUAAUCUUAAUUCAUUGAUUUGUUCAACUACAUAUGGCAAUGUGUGAAAAUAUGCCUACAAAAUCAGAUAUAGGUUGUAAUAUCAGUUAAGUGAGUAUCUAUGCCAUUUUACUUCGAGAAAAAUUAAUAAAAAGUAUAGUGUCAUCAUAAAUGCUGUAGUUUACUUCAAAAUUUUCACCAACCACAGAACACACAAGACCAUGGAUUACAAGAUGUAACUCCAGGGACCACACCAUCUACCAUGACCAAAGGCUUCUUUCGUAGUAAUCCGUGGUCUUCUCAGAUUGGUCAAGUUAUGUGGUUACCUGAAGUCUCGGUUUAUUAGGUCAAUGUAUGGUUGUAAAUUGACUUAGUGGUUGCAAAGUUCGAGAAAAAGACUAGGAAUUGCUCUUCAAGAUGAUAAUUCUGAUUGGAUAUUAACAUUUAGCGGAGACGAAUUAUAACAGUGUAACAUAUUUUAUGAAGUUUGGGGUAUUGAAUAAAUUAAAAUAAUACCUCCGUUACGGAGAUGUGAUAAGUAUGUGUUGUUAUUGGCACUGGAGCACUGCAAGAAAACAGCUGAUUGGACAGAUUUUGCUGUUUGUAGAACCACGCCCACUUAAAAAAUUUGUAUUAAAAGCAUUACAUUUGUAGCUCUGUUCCUGGCUUCGAUUUAAAAAAGUGAACUUUUGUAUUACUCUUUGGUAAUUCUGAUAAAAUGUCCCUCGCUGUGUACCUGAGUGUGCUUGGCUACACUAUGAACGAAAACGUCAAAAGUAAUUGUACUCGGACAUAUAUGAAGAAGGAAUAUAUACUUCAGAUUCCGCAUUUUUGUUAUUUUGUCCAGCUGUGUUCUUACAUAAUAUGCUAAUUUUGAAAUGCCGUUACAACAAAUUAGCGUUUCACCUCUUGACUGGGUCAAAGAAAACUCAAAUGCAAACCCCCAGAACCAGGAAUGGAAAUUGCAGGAGCCAGUGUUCACAACUUCAAGUCAGCAUCCACCAGAACGUUGUGCCUCCCAAGCUUCAACUCUUUCUAAUAACCAUGAUAUCUGCAGAAUCUGCCACUGUGAAGGGGACAGUGAGGUGCCCCUUAUUGCACCGUGUUAUUGUUCAGGUUCCCUGCGCUAUGUUCAUCAGGCUUGCCUCCAGCAGUGGAUCAAGUCCUCAGACAUCCGGAGUUGUGAGCUUUGUAAAUUCCAGUUCAUUAUGCGGAGCAAGAUCAAACCAUUUAGUGAGUGGGAAACACUGGAGAUGUCAAGUAUGGAGCGUCGGAAGCUUCUUUGUUCAGUCACAUUCCAUGCUGUGGCUCUGAUGUGUGUUGUGUGGUCAUUAUAUGUUUUGAUUGAUCGUACAGCUGAAGAGAUUCACAAAGGUCUUCUUGAAUGGCCAUUCUGGACCAAACUAAUUGUUGUGGCCAUAGGAUUUACUGGGGGCCUUGUCUUUAUGUACAUCCAAUGCAAAGCAUAUCUCCAUCUGUGUCGACGCUGGAAGGCCUUCAACAGGGUAAUAUUUGUCCAGAAUGUCCCAGGAAAGGUUGCCUUGCCAACAUCAAAUUCUCAGCCUCCACUGGCAAGGGAAGAAUCAUUGCUAGUGUCAGAAACAUGUUGUGGAAUUGUUGCCUCAGAUGAUAUUGUAAGGGGAAAAAACAGAGAGACUGAAUCAGCUAGUGCAACUACUGCAGAUUUUGCUUUCCUUGAGGGGAGGCAGAAGACAUUGACUAAAAGUAAGGAAGAAGGGAUGCAACAUGAGACUUCAGUUUAUAUGGCUGACAACAUUCUUUUGGCAUGUACUGAUUGUGGAAAUGAGGAAUUACUUAAGAGAGAUACUGUAACAGAUAAUGGCAGUAAUUAUCAGACCCUAAUAUCCAUGUCCAUAGAAAGUUGUGGUAUUGCUGACAUAAGUGAUUUAAAAGAUAGUGACUGUCAAGACAGUGCCGCUGACAUAUCAAGCAGAAAAUUUUCAUAUGAAACAUCUCAUGUAACUGAAGAGAGUUGUUUGACUGGGAAUGAAUGUGAAGAAAUGAGCCACCUUCUACAAGAUGACAGAAAGUGUGAAAGUGUAUGCAUAAUGGGUGGAAGUCACCAGGCUGCCAGUGGUUUUGUGUUUCUUCCAUCUUCUCUUUCACCUCACCUGGGCAGGCAAACAGAACUGGUUGGAAGGGGGAAAUUGCAAGACAUAAAUGUACUCAAUACGUCCACUAGUUGUGCUGUGAGUUCAAGUAGCAGUGAAGAAUCAUUUCAGUCACCAUCAGUACAGUGGUUGCAACAAAGUCACAAGUCAUUGAAUGGUACAGGACUGCCAUUUAAACAGCAACAGACUCCUCCUUUGCCAGUGAGACCAUGGACUGUUGGUCCUUCCAACUCGGGUAUGAAGUGGGUAGCUGAUGUAAUAACCGAUCGAACAACUGAAGUACAAGCAGCUACAGUCCGACCAAAGUUCUCUCUUGGUUCCCAGUCCCCACUUCUUCCAGUUGUUCCUGGAAGUGAUGAUCAUACAAGUUAUAAAUGAUGACUGCAUAAAUUAUACAAAAUUUAUGAGGUGUGAGGAAAAUUUAUUUCAAAAUAUUUGUAACAGAAUUCAUUAUGUUAUCAAACUAGGCCUAUUUAAAAACGUAAUUCCUGUAAAUGGUGUAUUUAAACAAUAUAUUUCAAGUACAAAUUAAAAAAUUUAACCGAAGUGUUUACUUCUUUUCUCUUUGGCAAUAUGAAUGGAGUGAAAGAAAAAUUAUACAUUAGAAGAAUGUGGUAGUCAUUUUACCAUGUGACAAUGGUAACUUAGACUUUUCUGUUGUGUAAUUAGGUUGAGUUCCAUUCACAUGUUUUACUUACAUUCAAAUAUUGACAUUUGGACUAUAUAUGGAUUUUAUCCCAGUUGACUGACUAAAAAUUUACAUAUUGUACUUAAUUAAAAGUAUCUGUGAUGUGUAUGAAACAAUACUUCAUAGUUUUUCUGAUCACCAAUUGUAAAGUAAUUUGUUCAUAAUAAAUUAGUCCAGUUUUUAAGAGUAUUAAUUAGGUUUGCUGCUUGGUGUAUGUUUAAGGCAUAAUGUAAUUCAAAAUGUUUUGUGUUGAUUUUAUAUAUAGUGCCAGUAUAAUAAAUUAAUUAAAGUGAUUAUUAUAAGUUACAAAGUAUUAUGCUGUCAUUGAUUUAUACUUUUAAAAGGGGCUUUGUAGGGACUGCUGUCUCAAGUCAGGUUUGAGAUGUUCAGAAAAAAUGCAAUUUAUUGUACUAUUAGAUUACCUCAGAUAUUAGUUCCACUACCCCUCUUUUCAGCAGAAAAUUUUAAAGAAAGAUUAUUUAAUUGUACAGAUAAAAUUCUUCAGUGCAAACAUACAUUUUUUUCUCCUCCAUCCUUUCAUAAUGCUCACAGGUUAAGGUUCUCAGUUCUCUAAGGUUCACAGUGAAUGCUUAUCUGGUGAAACUAUCAUCUGGUAUUUGUUCUUUGUAUUUCAUUCAUUAGCACAUAUUGGCACCAGAGUACUGUAUAUCAUAGAUGCUAGAGAAUUGUUGGUUUGUUUGGCAAAUCUGAUAGAAAUGACUGAAUGUGUAAGAAGAACCUCUUGUUUCCAAGUAGUUUCCUGUGAUCAUUACAAAAUUUACCUCAGAAGUAGGGCAGCAGCUCCAGAGUACAGAACUGUAUGUAUCAUGGUGAAAGCUAUUAAAGUGUAAUGAUUACAUGA